AUGGCGGACCGGCGGCGCGCGUGGAACACGGAGGACGACCUGCCCGUGUACCUGGCGCGGCCGGGCAGCGCGGCGCAGACCCCGCGCCAGAAGUACGGCGGCAUGUUCGCCGCGGUGGAGGGCGCCUACGAGAACAAGACCAUCGACUUCGACGCGUACAGCGUGGGCCGCCGCGGCUCGGCGCGCACGCCGCGCGGGGCUGGCCGUCCCGACGCCGUCGGCCUGCCGGGGCCUGGCGGCAGCGAGGACACGGCCAGCGACGCGAGCGAGCCCUCGGGCUCGGUGCUCAGCUCCCCGGGCGAGCGCGACGAGCGGCCGCCGGCGCUGCGCCUCCGCUGCCCCGCGCCCCGCCACCUGCCACUCGGCCGGGACAAUGGCCAGAGUGACCGACUCCUUAUCAAGGGUGGACGGAUCAUCAAUGACGACCAGUCCUUCUAUGCCGACGUCUACUUGGAAGAUGGACUUAUAAAACAAAUAGGAGAGAACCUAAUUGUUCCUGGUGGUGUGAAGACCGUAGAAGCCAAUGGACGGAUGGUUCUUCCCGGGGGUAUUGAUGUCAACACGUACCUACAGAAGCCCGCCCAGGGGAUGACCACGGCUGAUGACUUCUUCCAAGGGACCAAGGCAGCACUGGCGGGCGGGACCACGAUGAUCAUUGACCAUGUUGUUCCUGAACCUGGGUCCAGCCUGCUGACCUCCUUUGAGAAGUGGCAUGAGGCGGCUGACACCAAAUCCUGCUGUGACUACUCCCUCCACGUGGACAUCACAAGCUGGUAUGAUGGUGUUCGAGAGGAGCUGGAGGUGCUGGUCCAGGACAAAGGUGUCAAUUCCUUCCAAGUCUACAUGGCCUAUAAGGAUCUGUACCAAAUGUCCGACAGCCAGCUAUAUGAAGCCUUCACUUUCCUUAAGGGGCUGGGAGCUGUGAUCUUGGUCCACGCCGAAAAUGGAGAUUUGAUAGCUCAGGAACAAAAACGGAUCCUGGAGAUGGGUAUCACAGGUCCCGAGGGCCAUGCACUGAGCAGACCUGAAGAGCUGGAGGCCGAGGCCGUGUUCCGGGCCAUCACGAUCGCGGGCCGGAUCAACUGCCCUGUGUACAUCACCAAGGUCAUGAGCAAGAGCGCAGCGGACAUCAUCACCCUGGCCAGGAAGAAAGGUCCCUUGGUUUUUGGGGAGCCCAUUGCUGCCAGCCUGGGGACUGACGGCACUCACUACUGGAGCAAGAACUGGGCGAAGGCGGCAGCGUUCGUGACCUCCCCUCCCCUGAGCCCGGACCCCACCACGCCCGACUACCUGACCUCCCUGCUGGCCUGUGGGGACCUGCAGGUCACAGGCAGUGGCCACUGUCCCUAUAGCACUGCCCAGAAGGCGGUGGGCAAGGACAACUUCACUCUGAUCCCUGAGGGCGUCAACGGGAUAGAAGAGCGGAUGACUGUUGUCUGGGACAAGGCAGUGGCUACUGGCAAAAUGGAUGAGAACCAGUUUGUCGCUGUCACCAGCACCAACGCAGCCAAGAUCUUUAACCUGUACCCAAGAAAAGGGCGGAUUGCUGUGGGCUCAGACGCAGAUGUGGUCAUCUGGGACCCCGACAAGGUGAAGACCAUAACAGCCAAAAGUCACAAGUCGGCCGUGGAGUACAACAUCUUCGAGGGCAUGGAGUGCCACGGCUCCCCACUGGUGGUCAUCAGCCAGGGCAAGAUUGUCUUCGAGGACGGAAACGUGAACGUCAGCAAGGGCCUGGGCCGCUUCAUUCCCCGGAAACCUUUCCCUGAGCACCUCUACCAGCGUGUCAAAAUCAGGAGCAAGGUUUCUGGAUUGCAAGGGGUUUCCAGGGGCAUGUACGACGGUCCGGUGUACGAGGUGCCAGCCACACCCAAAUAUGCAACUCCCGCUCCUUCAGCCAAAUCUUCGCCUUCCAAACACCAGCCCCCGCCCAUCAGAAACCUCCACCAGUCCAACUUCAGCUUAUCAGGUGCCCAGAUAGAUGACAACAACCCCCGGCGUACUGGCCACCGCAUCGUGGCGCCCCCCGGUGGCCGCUCCAACAUCACCAGCCUCGGUUGA